AUGGCAGACCACGACGCCCAGAUCGUGGAGUUUGCAGGCCUGAGCGGCGCAAGCCCUGAAGAGGCCAGACAGUAUCUCGAAGCCCACAACUGGGACCUCGCCGAGGCCAGCAAUGCUUGGUUCCGUGAUGCCGAAGAUGACAACCGCGACACAUCCACAGCUCCCGCUGCCGCACCUGACAACUACACGGGCCCUCGAACUCUCGACGGUCGACCAGCUCCAGAGGCUGCCCGCAGCAGUCAACCAACCCGCAAACCUGCCGCAUCACAACAGAGGAAGAGGGGGAUUGCUACUCUAGGAUCUCUCGGUAGCUCAUCCCAUCAACACGAUCACGGUGAUGACGAUGAUGAUGACUUCGACGGCGAAGACGAUGAUGGACGAGGAAACUUGUUUGCCGGUGGUGAGAAGUCUGGUUUGGCUGUUCAAGAUCCGCAUCAGGAGGGCGGUCCCAAGAAGAUCAUCAGUGACAUUCUCGCCAAGGCCCGAGCCAACGCUCAACGCCCCGAGGCCGAGAAUGAGGCUGGCCCUUCUGAGCCUAGUCGCUUCCGAGGAACUGGACAGACCCUUGGCGGGGACGGUGUCGAGAGCCGCAGCAUUCCUGAUCCUCUCGGCCCAGGUCGCUCUUCAAACGCCGAACCUCAAGAACGAGUUCUUCACAUCUGGCAAGAUGGUUUCAGCAUCGAUGACGGUGACCUUCGCCGAUUUGACGAUCCCGCAAACCAGGCCGACCUCGCCCUGAUCCGAGCUGGUCGCGCACCUCUUCACCUCAUGAAUGUACAGCAUGACCAGCCCAUCGAUGUCAAGCUUCACCAGCACGACACACCAUACCAGCCACAGCCCAAGAAGUACAGACCUUUCGGUGGCUCUGGCCAGCGACUUGGAGCUGUUGUCCCUGGUGUCGAGGGUUCAAGCUCUUCUCCUGCCCCGGCUGCUUCUUCCGCCGCUCCCUCGUCCUCCAAUGCUCCCACCGUCGAUGAUGCUCAGCCCACAAUCAUGAUCCGAAUCCAGAUGCCCGAUGGCACACGCCUACCCGCUCGUUUCAACACCACCCACACUAUCGACGAUGUCUACGGUUUCGUGCAGGGAGCGUCCCCAGACACACGAUCUCGAUCAUGGGUUCUUUCCACGACAUUCCCCAACAAGGAUCACACCGACCGCAGUUUGGUUCUUGGCGAGAUGCCCGAAUUCAAGAAGGGCGGUACCGCCGUUGUCAAGUGGACUUAG